AUGAUCAAUGAUCAGGGUAAAGUACUUGGGAUUGAGAAUAGCGUCGAUGUCAUUCGUAGCUACGGAGCUGAUGCUUAUCCUUUCACACGAGAGAGGAUGAAGGAUAUAAUAGAGGAAGAAGACAUAGCUCGGAGAGAACAGGCCUUAACAUCUGUCUUGGUGUCUCCUUCACGGGACUUUGUGAUUUCCCAACACGGAACCAAGGUACCCGUAUCGGAGCUGGAAGGGAAAACCAUCGGUCUUCUCUUCUCGGUGGCUUCAUACAAAAGGCUCAAGAGUAUGUUAUUGGGCUGGGCCUGA